ACACGUAACAUUACCGCGCCACCUACUUCCGGCGCGCUCAGUGCUCACAUGUGCUGUUCCUGUGCACAGUUCCAGGGCUGGUGUGGAUAGAACGUUCCUAUACUCCGGUUGUGACACCGCUACCAUGGGGAAGACUGCAGGGAAGAAGAAGGGGAAGGUCCCCGCGGCAGCAGCCCGAGUUGUAGCCCAGAAAGCCCGCACGGAGAUCAGGGAUAACCCUUUUGAGGUGAAGAUAAACAGGCAGAAAUUUAACGUGCUGGGAAGAAAAACUGGGAAACACGACGUGGGACUGCCCGGGGUCUCCAAGACCAAAGCCCUCAAGAGGCGCAAGGAAACAAUUCUAGUGGAAUACCAGCGGCGAGGGAAAGUCAGUGUUUUUAUGGACAAGCGGUUUGGGGAAUAUGACACAAAAUUAACCCCAGAUGAAAAGAUGAUGAAGAGAUUUGCUAUGGAACGGCAGAGAAGCACAGAGAAGAAAAAUUUGUACAACCUAAAUGAAGAAGAAGAGCUGACACAUUAUGGGCAGUCACUGGCAGGUCUGGAAAAACUAAAUGAUGCAGUAGAGAGUGACAGUGACUCCGAGGAACGUGGAGCUUUGUCAGCUGAACUGACUGCUUCCCAUUUUGGUGGUGGCGGUGGCCUGCUUAGAAAAAAAACCCAGUCUGAUCAAAAGGACGAGGAGGCUGAGAAACCAAAGAGUCGUAAAGAGCUGAUUGAGGAACUGAUCGUAAAAUCCAAACAGGAAAAGAGAGAAAGGCAGAGCCAAAAAGAGAAGUCAGUGGAACUAACGGAGAAACUCGACAAUGACUGGAAAGCCAUACAGGGACUCCUCUCACACAAAACACCAAAAUCCGAGAGAAAGACAGAGGGAGAAAAGCCCAAGCCGGAUCACUACGAUAAGAUUGUCCGGGAGCUGGGAUUUGAGAUGAAGGCUCAGCCCACAGACAGGAUGAAGUCUGAAGAAGAAUUGGCUAAGGAAGAGCAGGAACGCCUGCAGAAACUGGAGGCUGAGAGGCUCCGGCGAAUGCGAGGAGUAGAUGAAAAUCAGAAAUCCAAGAAAGCCAAACACAUCUCAGCUGAUGAUUUAAUGGAUGGCUUUAUACUGGAUAAAGAUGAUCGCGUGAUGCUGUCCUAUAAGGAUGGCACCAUGAAUCUUCCUGUUACAGAAGAAAAAGAGAAGGAAGAUGUAGAGAAAGAGAGCAGUGGUGAUGAGAAUGAAGAGGAGGCCAGUGGUGAUGAGGAAGAGGAGGGCAGUGGUGAAGAGGAGGAAGAUGACGGGAGUGAGGACGACUCAAAUGAAGGUGAUGCCUCAGACAAUUAUUCUGACCUAGAGUCGGAUGCAGGCAGUGAGGAACAAGAUAGCGAUGAUGAAAAAUCAAAGACCAAAGGAAAAGAAAAGAAGAAAAAGAGCAAAGCUGACACAGAGGCUGCCAAGUCUGAGCUUCCAUUUACUUUUGCUGUUCCUGAAUCCUAUGAAAGUUUCCAGUCUCUCUUGUCUGGAAAAUCUGUGGAGCAGCAACUGGUUGUGUUGGAGAGGAUCCAGAAGUGCAACCACCCAAGCCUGGCCGAAGGGAAUAAGGCCAAGUUAGAGAAACUGUUUGGCUUCCUUCUGGACUACAUAACAGAUCUGGCCAGCGUGGACACACCUGAUCUAAAAACAAUUGACAAAUUGGUCAUCCCCUUGUACAACCUGUGCCAGAUGUUUCCUGAAUCAGCAGCUUCUUGUGUCAGAAACGUUCUAGAGGAAUCUGCACGUGCCAUCGAUGAAAUGGUAGAAGCCAAAGGCCGAGCUGUUCUUCCAGGGAUACACAUGCUGGUUCACCUCAAAAUUACAGCGAUCUUAUUCCCCACAUCUGAUUUCUGGCACUCAGUGGUCACCCCAGCCAUGAUUCUCAUGAGCCAGUUGCUAACUUUGUGUCCAGUCUCUUCAUUAGAAGAUGUCGCUGGGGGCCUGUUUGUUUGCUGCAUGUUUCUCGAGUACGUUUCUCUCUCCAAAAAGUUUAUCCCAGAACUGAUUAACUACCUAUUAGGAAUACUUCAUCUAGCGGUCCCAAGGAAACAGUCAGUAGAGAGAAGACGUUGGGGAUGUGAUAGAAGAAAGGCAGGUGUAGAAAACAGGACAGUUUGCCUGUAUCUUGCUGAUUAUGUAUUGGUUCCACCAUUUAAACCACAUGGGAAGAACUCUGAGCUUCUACUGCUUGAGAAUAAGGAGGACAGUGACACGUGGGCCAAGAAGCCUCUCCCAAUAACUGCAAUCAAUGGGCUGACUGAAAGCAGUGAACUGGAAAUUAGUCAUUUCAAGAUAACGUGUAUAGCAACAUGUCUGGAUCUAUUAAAGCGAUGUGUGGAUAUUUAUGGGCCUUUACCAGCCUUCCAAGAGAUCAUGAAUCCCAUUACAACUCUACUCCGUAAGCAUUUAUCGACCAGCGACUACCCUCUGCCAAUUCAGGACUUGCAAGCAGAUAUACUCAGAACGAUUGAGAGAAAUAGCAAGAAACCAUACAAACCGCUGGUGUUUGAAAAGCAGUUGCCUGUGCCGAUGAAAAUGUUCACACCGAAAGUAAUGCCAGUACUUGAGUUUGGCAGAAAACAAGGUUGCAAUCGGGAAGAGCGUGAGAGAAAGAAGCUGCUUCACAAACACAAGCGGGAGUUCAAGGGAGCUGUCCGAGAAAUUCGCAGAGACAACCAGUUCUUGGCCAGAGUAAAGCUGUCUGAGACCAUGGAGAGGGACUCUGAGAGGAAGAGGAAAGUGAAAGAGCUUUUUAAUAGUCUUUCAACGCAAGAGGGAGAGUGGAAAGCACUGAAAAAGAGAAAGAUGAAGGGGAAAUGAUGGAGAUGAAGGCAGACUGGACUGUAGGGGAAAUCCUUGGGACACUCGCAGGUUGUUCUGCAUAUCUGUCUCUUCAUUGGAAAAGACAUUUUUUAACCACUGCCCGUUGGAAGGACGGUUGAGUGUUUCUAUUACUCUUAGGGGGUUAUUUAUUAAAGUCUGAAUGCCCAGAAUCUCAAAAAUUAGUUUUUUGUAACUAUAAAAUUUUUAGUUGGAAAAAAAAAAAAAAAACUCACAUUUUUUGAGAUUUAUUUUACCCCGAGGCUGCACAAAGUAGAAUCUUAAAAUCCACCAUCUCAGACCUGCCGAGGUUGUAUAUAUGUCAGUGGCAGAGGUUUCUGAAGUCUGUGCUGAAGCCCGAAAAUCCGACUAUUUUGGAUGGAAAUCCUAAAAAUGCGGGCUCUUUGGGGAAAAAAGCCCAAAAAUUGAACGAUUCAGGGGGCAAAAUUGUACGAUUCGCAAUGUCACUCGAUUUUGAGUUUUCCCUGAUCCGAUAUAAUAGAGGUUUUUUUAAUAAUAAAUAAGGUCUUUGGAUUUUUUUUUUUUUUUUAAAUCAGAAAAAUUUGGAUUUUGAUAAAUAACUCCCUUAGAGUCACUUGCUUUAAACCACAAUGAAACGCCAUAAGGUUUUUUUUUUCCUUGCUCUAGAGUGUGAUCUAUGUAUACGCCAAUUGUAUAUACUGUGGCCCGAGAAAUAAUUGGAUAUCAUUCAUACUGACUCAAAUGUUAUGUCUGGUUCAAUAUUCUCAAUUAUAAAUUAUUUGUCAACUGCGUAUACUGAUUUCAAAUGUAAAUGAAAAUCCUACUAGAUGUGCAGCUUCUCUUUGGCAAUCCACAUAAAAGAAUAAACUGAUCCUAUGCAACCGUUUCUUAAUAAGA